AUGAAGAGACAAAACAUCAGGACCCUCGUGUUGAUCAUCUGUACUUUUACUUAUUUGCUCGUCGGAGCGGCGGUUUUUGAUGCAUUAGAGUCUAAGAUGGAGAUCACCCAGAAGAAGAUCCUGGACGAUCGGAAGCGAGAGCUGAUGGACAAGUACAACUUGAGCAAAGUCAAUUUCGACGAGCUGGAGCGGGUCGUGCUGCAGCUCAAGCCGCACAAGGCGGGGGUCCAAUGGAGGUUCGCUGGGUCCUUCUAUUUCGCCAUCACGGUGAUUACGACUAUAGGAUAUGGUCAUGCGGCCCCCAGCACGGAUGGCGGGAAGGUGUUCUGCAUGUUCUAUGCUCUCCUGGGGAUCCCGCUCACCCUGGUCAUGUUCCAAAGUCUGGGUGAACGCAUCAACACCUUCGUCAAAUACCUGCUUCACCGUCUCAAAAAGUGUCUUGGUCUCCGUCACACAGAGGUCUCCAUGGCCAACAUGGUGUGCAUUGGCUUGAUAUCCUGCAUGAGCACCCUGUGUGUGGGGGCUGCGGCUUUCUCCCGCUACGAGGACUGGAGCUUCUUCCAUGCAUACUAUUACUGCUUCAUUACACUCACCACCAUUGGUUUUGGGGACUACGUGGCCCUGCAGAAGGAUAACGCUUUACAAACCAACCCCCAGUAUGUAGCCUUUAGCUUCAUGUACAUCCUCACAGGCCUCACUGUCAUUGGAGCCUUCUUGAACCUGGUGGUUCUGCGUUUUAUGACCAUGAAUGCAGAAGAUGAACGCCGUGACGCAGAACAGCGCACUUUGCUGUCCCGAAAUAGGCAGAGCGGAGGCGCCGGAACCAAUCAUUGCAUUUCCGACCCACCUUCUUCAUCUACCGCGGGACACGGAGGAGGGUCCGGUAAGGGGUUGUGCAACGUCUACGCAGAAGUGCUCCAUUUCCAGUCCAUGUGCUCUUGUCUUUGGUACAAAAGCCAAGAGAAGAUGCGCUACUCAAUCCCCAUGAUUAUCUCUCACGAUCUGUCCACUUCAGACACCUACAUGGAGCACAGCGAGACCUCAGAUGUCCUUCACUCCAAUGGCUGUGUGUGCAGUGCCUUGCAGGAGCACUCUGCCGCCAGUUCAGUGUACACAGGCCUGCUUAGCCCAGCACAUUACCAAAGACUCUCCAAACGUCGCAGCUCUAUUUAG